AUGAGCGCUGUUGGCAGCGAGUCUGACAGCGACGCCAAUGUGAGAAUGAGGCACGCACUGGGCGCUGCCACGCUGGAGACGGAGGACAGCGAGUCCGAUGGCGGUGCCGACGGCAAGGUCAAGUCGUUCAGAAGUUGGUUCGAUAUGUUGUAUUAUUUGGGCUCCUUGACUUCGGACACGUCACGUACGAUUGAUGACAGCAUCAAAAAGAGAUUGACUGGCAGAUAUGAGAAUGUUAUGAUCGUGUCGGCUCUCGUGUUCACUGUUGCCGCAGAGGGCUUGAUGGAACCAUCCGAUGCCAUCAUGAACGCAGACAGCUGGACGAAACUUUGGUUUGGUAUCCUCAUGGGUUUGGCGUUCAGCUUCACUUUGGCAUCGGUGCUGUAUGCUGCGGUGCUGCUAGGCGUAUCGCAUAUAUUGCCUAUAUUCUUGUCGAGGUGGUUCUUUGAGAACACCGCGGGAAUGCAGAAAGCACCUAUGCUGUUUUUGGGGCUAGGAAGCACGUGCCUUGGAUUAGCUGUGUCGCUGCUCGCGCACAUUAAUUUUGGCGGGUUUACUGCGUGCGUGUUGUUGUUGAUGUUGGUGGUACUUGCGAUUUGGUUCUUUGUCAACCAUGCGCAUGUGCAGGGCGUGCUGGGUGAUCACAUGCGGGAAGAGCACGGCGUGGAACCGCCAUAG